UCCCGCCGCGGCUUUUGCGUCCCCGGAGUUCCCGCCUCGGUCACCUCGGUCGCCGUCUCGGUGUCCCCCAGGCACCAAGCCCCGCGAGCCCCGGGCGGGAGCCAGGGCGCGCAGACAUGGGCGGCCGCACCGGAGCGCGCUGGGCGGCCGUGGCGCUGGGCGUUACGGGGCUGCUGUGCGCCGUGCUGGGCGCCGUGAUGAUCGCGCUGGUGCCCUCGCUCAUCAAGCAGCAGGUCCACAAGAACGUGCGUAUCGACCCCAACAGCCUAUCCUUCAGCAUGUGGAAGGAGAUCCCGGUUCCCUUCUACCUCUCCGUCUACUUCUUCGAGGUGGUCAACCCCGAUGAGGUCCUGCAGGGAGGGAAGCCGCAGGUGCGUGAACGAGGACCCUAUGUGUACAGGGAGUUCAGAUAUAAGGAUAACAUCACUUUCAAUGACAACGACACGGUGUCCUUCGUGGAGCCCCGCAGCUACCAGUUCCAGCCUGACAGGUCCCGGGGCUCCGAGAGUGACUACAUCACCCUGCCGAACAUCCUGGUCCUGGGUGCCGCGGGGAUGAUGGAGAACAAACCUGCCAGCUUGAAGCUGAUCGUGACCUUGGCGUUCAGCGCCCUCGGCCAGCGAGCCUUCAUGAACCGCACGGUUGGCGAGGUCCUGUGGGGCUACGAGGACCCCCUGGUGAGCUUCCUCAGCAAGUACUUCCCAGAUAUGUUCCCCUCCAAGGACAAGUUCGGGCUGUUUGCCGGGAUGAACAACUCGAACUCCGGGACCUUCACUGUGUUCACGGGGGUCCAGAACUUCAGCAGGAUUCACCUCGUGGACAACUGGAACGGUCUCACCAAGCUCAACUUCUGGCACUCGGAUCAGUGCAACAUGAUCAACGGGACCUCUGGGCAGAUGUGGGCCCCCUUCAUGACGCCCCAGUCAUCGCUGGAAUUCUACAGCCCUGAGGCUUGCCGGUCCAUGAAGCUGGUCUACCACGAGGCUGGGGUGUUUGAAGGCAUCCCCAUCUAUCGCUUCGUGGCCCCAAAAACCUUAUUCGCCAAUGGGACCGUCUACCCACCCAACGAAGGCUUCUGCCCGUGUCAGGAGUCCGGCAUCCAGAACGUCAGCACCUGCAGGCACGGUGCCCCCCUGUUUCUCUCCCACCCUCACUUCUACAACGCUGACCCAGUCCUGGCAGAAGCGGUGCUUGGCCUGAGCCCCAACAGCAAGGAGCACUCCCUGUUCCUGGACAUCCACCCGGUCACCGGGAUCCCUAUGAAUUGUUCUGUAAAGCUGCAGUUGAGCCUCUACGCCAAAGCCGUCAGGGGCAUCGGGCAAACCGGGAAGAUCCAGCCGGUGGUCCUGCCGCUGGUGUGGUUUGAAGAGAGCGGAGCCAUGGAGGGCGAGCCGCUGAGCACGUUCUACACGCAGCUGGUGCUGUGGCCCAAGGUGAUGCAGUACGCGCAGUACGUGCUGCUGGCGCUAGGCGGCGCGCUGCUGCUCGUGCCCGUCGUGUACCAGGUCCGCAGCCAGGGUCGCGGUGACACUGGGGGCCAGCCAAGCCUGGUCUCUCGGCCAGACCGGCCCCCCAGCCUCUGCACCCCACUUCUUAAGGACUCUGUCAGCGAACAGGCCGCCAACCCCACAGCCUGACCCUGGCUGCCACACCCCCGCUAGGGGCAGCUGUGUGUUCCCAGGCGUGCGCAGACACGCAGGGAUGGCGCUGCUGCUCUCUCUCCACGUGACCCCCGGGCCUGACCACAGGCACCAUGGGCGCUGUGGCCUCUCUCUGGCUGAGCCAGGCUCUUACCAGCCCUGGUUCCCUCUGGCAGGCAUGAAAUGCUGAGACCCAGGUGGUCACUCACCCACAUAGGACAGGCCUGUCAGGCCCAGGGCCCAGGCCGUGCCCUGGAACCCAGACUGGGGACACUGGUUAUCUGUGCCAAAGCCGGGCAAACAGCCCGGCACCCAGGUCUCCACCAGGAACUGCUCCACCCCACAGGGCUCCGGGGUCCCUGUGUCUGUACAGGCCCAGAGUGGGUGUCAGCCCGUGUCCUCUGACCUCUGCUUACGCCACCCAUGCACUGAGCCGGCCACUCCCUGCAGCUGUGUCACAGACCCUGUCCCCCCAAGCUUCUCAGCUCUUAGGUGCCAGGCAGAGGUGGAGCGGCCCGGGCUGGCGUCUGGUCGGGUAGCCUGGUGUGCCACCCCAAGGGCAGGGAGGCCCAUCCGCCUGGCUCUGGUCUCUGCGGAGAGCCAAGAUAUGUUUUCUACUGGAAAUGAGUUUUAUCAUCUUUUAAAAUGAUGUCACUAUGAAGCAAUAAAGUUUUUGUGAAAAUUGAACGCUGGGGUCUGCGGCAGUGUUUGCUGGGCGGGGCUGGGAUCGGGGUCUGGGUGCCCCGCUUGCUCAGAAGUUGUUCUGGUGGCCUCCAGGCUCGAGUGCCCCAGGGCUGGGCACCAAGCUGCCACUGCCGUCCUC